AUGUGGCCCAUUGUCAAGCGGCAACCUGCCGCUCGUUCGUCCCGGAAUCGUGCCGCUGGAACUAUUGUCACAACGCUUGUCAACGUUGAUGCUGCUGUCAAUCGUGACUACGUCAUCUCAAAGGUCAUACCUGCCAUAAAGCUGAAGUUCCCGAGCCUGACCAAGUGCGUUUUCCUACAACAUGACAAUGCGACUCCACAUGCUGCAAUUACGGACGAAGUACUUGCCUCAGUGUCAACCGACGGAUGGGUUUUCCGUGUGCGCCGCCAGCCGCUUAAUAGCCCGGACUUAAAUGUCCUUGAUCUGGGCAUCUUUGCAUCUACUCAGGCAAUGCAGCUCAAGACAUUUUGUCAAUCGGUUGAUGACAUCAUUCAAGCUACUUUGCAAGCGUUCGAUUCGCUAGACAUCGAGAAGAUUGAGAAUGUGUUCCUUGCUUUGCAAGCAGUAAUGCAGCUAGUACUGCAGCACCACGGGGAGAACAACUUUCGCUUACCUCAUCUCAAGAAGGCUGCUCUCACCCGCGCUGGUGUGCUGAUGGCGAACGUUUCCUGCCCUGAGUCUCUUGUUGUCUAG